AUGGUAGCCAAUCAGCUUCUAACUUCAGCUUGUUUAAUUAAGCUUUGACAAUAAAACCUGAAAGCUGAUUGGUUUUUAGGCAGCGUUGCACCAGAUUUUACACUCUCCAGUUUUCGUAAAUAAACCCCGCUAUGUUAACCUCCCUGGAGGUAUUCCCGAGUGUAGCUCGAGGUAAAGUUUCAGCACCACAAGCGGUAACCCCGAGCUACACUCGGGAAUACCUUGCAGCGGUGCUCUGGGAUCUCUUCUUUACUUACCUUGUCCUGCACUCCCGCGAUGUCCCUCCUGCAGUGUCCCCGGCAAUGUCCUCUGGCGGAUGCUGGAAUCUGUCUUCUGGGUUCCGUCCCCUGCGAGCGUCAGGAUGUACGGGGAACGGAACGGCAGGAAAUUUAAAAAUGUGAAAAAGUGACAUUCACUAAAUACACUAAAAUCACAUAGUAUAGCAUUACUGUUUCAAAGCAUUUCACAUACAU